AUGCCAAAAAAGUGUGUUAUAUGUCAUAAAGGAACAGAAGGAGUUCCAACUUUUAUAGUUACUCUUAAGCGGAAAGAGAAUUGGGAAUUUGUAGUUCCGUUUCCAUUAUUUGUUGGUGAUCGAAUAUGUCAAACACAUUUUCGUAGUAAUGAAUGUUUCACAUCCGAGGCUGAUUUGACAAAUAUAAAAUCCAGAGGAUGGCUAAAACAUCCAAAUAAAUAUUUGUAUGAAUUAUUGAGUGUGGUUGAAGAUGAAUUGAUGAACCAUUUAGGUAAAACAAGUGUUUUUGAAGACACGGUAGAAGCCUUGAUAACCAAGUGUGAGACGUUCACAUUUCCAUGUGGGGAACAUAAAGAUUUUAUUAUAGCGUAUAUAAUGAAAUAUUAUAUAAAUAUGAGAAUGCGUCAAUGGACUAGGCAAACAAACUAG